AUGUCUAGUAUCAUGAGUAAAGAAAUAAGCACUUUCACAAGUACAAAUUACGGCCAAGCGUCAUCAAGAAAUUCAAAACACACAACAAUAUAUAUUAUAAGAGAAGUGAUAAUUCAAGGACUCGAUGUAGUUGUAGAAGGCGGAGGAGAGAAGAACGGAACGGAUGGAAGAUUGGUCGGAAGAGAUGGGAUGGUUGUCGGAAAUGAAGGAAAAGUUGGCAUUACAAGUGGAGGCAUUGCAUUGGGAAUUGUGGGAAGAGUUGGUUGUGGCAAAGUUGAUGGCAUUGCAAAUGGAGGCAUUGCAGUACUGGGAAUUGUGGGAAGAGUUGGUAGUGGCAACGUUGAUGGCAAUGGAGGUAAUCCCAUUUUCGGAAUAGGCACAUUUGGAAUUUGAGGAAGAGGUUGUUGCUGGAGAAGGUGGCGUGAGGCCGAGCAAGUGCUGAUCAUAAUAGAUGAAGAGAGACUUACUAACAAAGCCAUGAGAAAGAGUUUGUAUGAUGCCAUUUUGAGUGUGUUGAUGAAUCUUCAGUUAUGCAAUAGUUAAGCCUCUGUAAUUGCUUCACUUUUGUUGCUUUAUGU